CUUUAAUCCUUCUCUCUCUUUAUACAAUAUAGAGAUUGUUGUUGCUUAUAUAUCAUGCCAAGUUCAACAAGGACUGUUCGUUUAACAGUCAUUGCUGCAGAUGGUCUGAUUAAAAAGGACCUUUUUUUUAAAAUGCCCGAUCCUUUUGCUGUUGUAACAGUAGAUGGUGAACAGACACAUACAACUACAGUAAUGAAAAAAACAUUAAAUCCCUAUUGGAAUGAAAGCUUUGACUUGCAAGUGACUAAUCAAAGCGUCAUUGCCGUUCAAGUUUUUGACCAAAAAAAAUUUAAAAAGAAGGACCAAGGUUUUCUAGGUGUUGUUAAUGUUCAAGUAUCCAGUGUAUUUGACCUCGCUGUUGGUGGAGAUGAGAUGUUAACAUUGGAUUUGAAAAAAUCGAAUAAUCAUGACACUAUACAAGGGAAAUUAAUACUAAAUAUUUCUACAAAUGUCAAUGUGCCUAUACGAAAUGGUACAAAUAACAUUGCAGCAGGUUCUCGUAAUUCUAUUAUUCAAAAUAACACUUCUAGUCAAUCUGUUGAAGCUUCUAAUGCACAGCAAACAACGACAUCAGCGGCAACAACAACAACAACAACAAGUAAUGCAGGUGAUAAUGACGACUUACCAGAAGGAUGGGAAAGAAGAGUAGAUCAUUUAGGAAGACCUUAUUAUGUUGAUCAUAAUACAAGAACAACCACAUGGAAAAGACCUUCAGCAAGAACUGCACAAGACCAACAAAAUCAAACAGAAAUGGAAAGACGUCGACAUAAUGCACGUGGAUUACCAGAAGAAAGAUCAUCAACAAGUGUCAAUAAUAGUGCAACAUCUUUAGAUAAUAAUCGUCAAUCAGUGGUUGGUGUUGUAGGUGUUCAAAAUAAUAUGACAACAGCUGGUUCUGGUCCAUUACCACCUGGAUGGGAAAUGCGUACUACAGCAGAAGGUCGACCCUACUUUGUAGACCAUAAUACACGUACAACAACCUGGGUGGAUCCUAGACGUCAACAAUAUAUUAAUACAAUUGGCCCAGGAUCUAAUUUGCAAGUUCAAGUACAACCUGUUUCUCAAUUGGGACCUUUGCCCUCUGGUUGGGAAAUGCGUCUGACAAGUACGGGCAGAGUCUAUUUUGUUGACCAUAAUACGAAGACUACAACCUGGGAUGAUCCUAGAUUACCUAGUAGUCUUGAUCAAAAUGUUCCACAAUAUAAGCGAGAUUUCCGUCGUAAACUCAUCUAUUUCCGUUCUCAACCCGCUUUACGUCCAGUUCCCGGACAAUGUCAUAUUAAGAUUAGACGAGACCAUAUCUUUGAGGAUGCCUAUGCAGAAAUUAUGCGUCAAGUUCCUGCUGAUCUUAAAAAACGACUUAUGAUCAAAUUUGAAGGUGAAGAUGGUCUUGACUAUGGUGGUCUCUCUCGAGAAUUUUUCUUCUUAUUAUCACAUGAAAUGUUUAAUCCCUUUUACUGUCUCUUUGAAUACUCUGCACACGAUAACUAUACGCUUCAAAUUAAUCCUCAUUCAGGUAUUAAUCCUGAACAUCUUAAUUAUUUUAGAUUUAUUGGUCGAGUUGUUGGCUUGGCUAUCUUCCAUCGUCGUUUCUUAGAUGCCUUCUUUAUUGUUUCCUUUUACAAAAUGAUCUUAAACAAAAAAGUGCUGGUGGCUGAUAUGGAAAGUGUAGAUGCUGACUUUUAUCGUAGCUUGAUGUGGAUCUUGGACAAUGAUAUUACAGAUGUCCUUGAUUUGACCUUUUCAGUGGAUGAUGAUCGAUUCGGUGAAAUGGUGACUGUAGAUCUUAAAGAGAAUGGACGAAAUAUUGAUGUAACAGAAGAAAAUAAAAAGGAAUACGUUGAUUUAGUGACUGAAUGGCGUAUUUCGAAACGGGUUGAAGAACAAUUCAAGGCAUUUAAAGAAGGGUUCAAUCAAUUAAUUCCUCAAGAUCUUAUUAAUGUAUUUGAUGAACGUGAACUUGAGCUAUUGAUAGGUGGUAUUGCAGAGAUUGAUGUAGACGAUUGGAAGAAACAUACCGAUUAUCGAGGUUAUACAGAACAAGAUGAUGUAAUUCAAUGGUUCUGGCAAUGUAUUCGUAGUUGGGAUAGUGAAAAGAAGUCAAGAUUCUUACAGUUUACGACGGGUACAUCACGUAUUCCUGUAAAUGGUUUUAAAGAUCUUCAGGGUAGUGAUGGGCCUAGACGAUUUACUAUUGAAAAGGCAGGAGAAGUCACACAAUUACCUAAAGCACAUACCUGUUUUAAUCGUAUUGAUAUGCCACCUUAUAAAACAUAUGAAGCACUUGUAGCAAAGUUAACUAUGGCAGUUGAAGAAACGGUAGGCUUUGGACAAGAAUAAACAAACCAAAAAAAAAAAAAAAAAAAAAAA